UCAAACACGGAAGUACGACAUUCGACAAACAAAAAGCUUAGCUAGGAAAUGAGAGCAUGGAGGGAUCUAAAUAUCGAUCAAUAAAGUCGCUGAACGAAAGGAAAUAUAGCUACUAAAAGAUUUAUGCGAAAGAAAAUAAUGAAAUUAUUGUAAAUGUAUUGCUAGACAGCAAUGGAUAUCGGUAUGAAGUUUAUCUUCUGCACUGAUAGCUAACGUUAAUUUUAGCUAGAGAAACAUAGCCCGCUAUUUUGAAACGGACUUGCUUUUUCAAUUUCAAGAGACUAACUAGCUCUAUGGUUCAAAUAGCUAGCAAUCCAGUGGGCGUUUAUCUUAUAAUUAUCAUUUCACCUCGUUAUUAAUCCGCUAACGUUAGCUUGCAGAUUUUUUUUAAGGGGCUAGCCAAGAAGAACAAGUUCAGAUAGUUACAAUGACUGCUGCGGUGUUUUUUGGGUGUGCGUUCAUUGCGUUUGGGCCAGCGUUUUCCCUAUUUAUUUUCACUAUCGCCAAAGACCCAUUGCGAGUCAUCAUUCUAAUUGCAGGGGCCUUCUUCUGGCUGGUGUCCUUGCUGCUGUCCUCUCUGGUGUGGUUCAUAGCCACGAAGGCCACCAAUGCCCAGGACCUGACCCUGCAGAAAAACCUGCUCAUAUUUGGCUGCAUUUUCUCAGUCAUACUGCAGGAGGUCUUCCGCUUUGCAUACUACAGGCUGCUCAGGAAGGCAAAUGAAGGCCUGGCAGCCAUCAGUGAAGAAGACGGCCCUCCCCUUUCAGUCCGGGAAAUGGCCUAUGUGGCUGGACUGGGCUUUGGCAUCAUGAGCGGAGCCUUCUCCAUGAUCAACACUCUCUCUGACUCUCUGGGCCCAGGGACAGUGGGCAUGUUUGGAGACUCCCAGUACUACUUCAUCACCUCAGCCCUGAUGACCCUGGCGCUGACGCUGCUCCACACCUUCUGGGGGGUGGUGUUCUUUGAGGGCUGUGAGAGGAAGAGAUGGUGGGUGAUCGCUGUGGUGCUCUGUCUCCACCUGAUGGUCUUCAGCCUGUCUCUGUUGAACCCGUUCUACGUGGGCAGCAUUCUCCCGGUCUACGCCAUCAUGCUGCUGAUGGCUGUCUGGGCCUUCUUCUCCUCCGGUGGCUCCCUGCACAACAUCACUCUUCUCUGGACGUGUAGGAAAAGUAAUACGGAGACGUCGUCAUAAUUCACAUUCCAUGUUGAUCUCUCGGAAGGUCGAAGGGCAAUAGGAGCUUCUAUCGCUGCUGUGCUGUGUACAAACCAAAGCAGCCAAUCAAGAGACUACACAGUCUCCACAUCAACCAAUCUCCACAUAAUAUGGAUGGGCUGAAUCAGAGCCCAGAAAUCAGCACGUCACUGACCUAUGGAGCUGACCAAGGGAAAUCCUUCAUACUGUAUAUAGCUUGAAUGACACUAGUUUACACACACGUAGGCAUGUGUAAGCUUUUUUCAAUGCAAGGAAACAACCUUUUAAUUUUUAAUUUUUUUUUACUUUCUUCGUCUCUUCGCAGAUUUUGCUUUUGUGUGGACUUUUAAUCAAUCCACUCCCUUGCGUCAAUUAUUGAUCUUUGGUUUACUGAAUUAUGAUUACUUUUUUAAGAAUGAUCAUUUGUUAAUGUAAUGCGAAGGGCAGAGCAGCACAAAUCAAAUGUUAUUUGUCACAUGUGCCGAAUACAACAGGUGUAGACCUUACAGUGAAAUGCUUACUUAACCAACAAUGCAGUUUUAAGAAAAAAACUUUUAAAAAAAUAGAUAAGUAAAACAAUAAGAAAUAAAAGUAACAAAUAAUUUAAACAGCAGCAGUAAAAAUAACAAUAGCGAGGCUAUAUUCAGGGGGUACCGUUACAAUGUGCAGGGGCACCGGUUAGUCUAGGUAAUAUGUACAAGUAGGUAGAGUUAAAGUGACUAUGCAACAGACUGUUGGCUCUGGUCAAAUGAAGAUUCUUCACCAGGGAUUCCCAAACUUUUUUGUACCCUCAACCCCAUUUUCAAUUUUUUAUUUUAAAUCAUGACCCACCAUUUAAAAAAAGUUAUGUAAUCAAUGGAGAAUGUUAACUUUUUUUUUAUUUGGGCUAUGACAGUCUUACAAAUCAGUCUGACAGUAUUUUUGACAGUAUUUUAAUCUGAAGACCAAAUGGUUUGAAUUGACUGAAAUGUAUUAGGAAAUGCAGAAGAUCAUCAGGCAAUAAUGUAUGAUCUGUGUAGAAAAGAACCUUGGAAGAGAACUGAUUUAACCCCGGUUCUAUGAACCAAUCACCAAUUUUUGAUCGUGACCCCCAUUUUCAAAUCCCCUAGUUUGGGGAAACCCUGUUAUACACUCAUACAAAGGUAUGCAACUUCACUAUAUCAUGCAUUAUCUGCCCUGGCAGACACUGCCAUGUGUAGGACACAUGUACACAUCACAGGAGGUUGGUGGCACCUUAAUUGGGGAGGACGGGCUAGUGGUAAUGGCUAAAGCGGAAUCAGUGUAAUGUUAUCAAAUACAUCAAACUAAAUGUUUGAUGCCAUUCCAUUUUGCUCCAUUCCAGCCAUUAUGAGCCAUCCUCCCCUCAACAGCCCCCACUGGUACACAUUAUGUAAGGUAUUUUAAUGUUUUUCUUAUGCAAAUAAAAUGUUGUUGUUGUUUGGCAAACGACCUUGAUCCAACAAAUACAGGUGAAAAAGACAACUGAAUCAUAUUCACCAGACACUAAACUACGCGGGACUACCUGAACCAAUAAGAAACUAGUUUUUGUUGCAAAAUGUUUUUCUACAGUGUGCCCUAAUGAAUAUGACCGUCCUCUAAUGGUAUUAUGACUAAUCAGUCACUAAAAUGUGGCCUUUUUUACUCUAGAACUGAGUGGUUAUAGAGUAAAAAUUAUUAUCGGCAGCAAUACCAUAGCGUUUUGAAUCUUUUUUUUUUUUUUAAACCUCUGGGUACUCACAAAGUGUUUCAGAGUAGGACUUCUGCUGAUCUAGGAUCAGUUUUGUCUUUUGGAUCAUAAUGAAUAGGAUUAAAUGGACAGGGAAGACCUGAUCCCAGAUCAGCACCAUAUAGGCCCUUGGGCUUUUAAAGACCAUUUCCGUUUGAGCCGACAUGCCGCGUUUACCGUGAAAGCGAUCUCCACGAACAGCAGGAACGGUGCCUUUCAAAGCUGCGUUGUCUGAAACCUGCGAUUUCAUUGACUCUUGUAAAUUGACCUUUUCUUUUUUGUAUUUCACCACAAAAGCUGCUUGGCCAAGUGUCUUGGACGAUACUUGUUAAGAUGACAGCUUGUUGGAUAGAGCGUUUUAUAAACUGGGUGGUUCGAGGCAUGAAUGCUGAUUGGCUGACAGCCACGGGUAUGACAAAACAUUUAUUUUUACUCCUCUAAUUACUUUGAUUACCAGUUUAUAAUAGCAAUAAAGCACCUCGGGGGUUUGUGUUAUAUGGGCUCUGCUUUGCGUCGUGCCUAAGAACAGCCCUUAGCCGUGGUAUAUUGGCCAUAUACCACACCCCCCCUCGUGCCUUUUUGCUUAAAAAUUGCUUUUCCACACUAUCGUGCUGGCCAGCUCUGGUAUUUUCUUUUCGCACUGACUGGCCUUUCAAGCACGGUUCCAGCCACUAUGAUCGGUUUAGUGUGAAAGGGAAUUAGUCUCGAUGUUCCCAUUUUGAAUGGCUCGAUUUAGUUAGGAUCCCCAUUGGCCAGUUUCUCCAUUAAACUCAUCAUUUCACCAGCUUUCCUAAUGAAAGAGUUGAGAUGGGUUCAGCUCACCCCAAUACAUUUAAAGUCUAAGCAGUUUAUUAACUGUUGAUGGACGACAGGGUUUUGUAAUAUAUCAUUUCAAUAACUAUUGAUGGACGGCAGGGCUUUCUGACAUAUACAGCCACGUCAAUGCAGGUCCUCCGUUGAUUUCAUUAUCAUAUAUUUUUAUUUUUUGAUGGCUUGCUGUCUGCAUACGUACCCAUGUUGUGUUUGUAAGUGUGAUUGUACGGGGGGGCAAAAGGUUAAUAGUUUGGUAGACUUGCUCUGUUCCAGGGUUUAUUAGUUGAGCAAUGGAGAGGUGCCAAGGUCUUUUUUUGUAGCAUAAUUUGGUUGGUGAGCCAUUGUUCAGCCAGAAACCAUUGCCAACCGCCAGGCACCAGCUCAAACAAGCCUGCAGUACAGUUUGUGUCCCAAACAUCACCCUGUUCCUAUGUAGUGCACUACUUAUGACUAGAUCCUUACGGGCCCUGGUCAUAAGUAGUGCACUAUAAGGGGAGUAGGGUGACGUUUGGGACGUGGUGUAAAUCAAGAACCGUGUUCCUGACUACGCUGAGAGAUGGCAGCGCUACCUCGUUGUGAAGUCACACUGAAGUGACCACACACACACCAGCACUCACAUUGUGGACAAAUCCCACUGACGCACUACUGGGGUAGUGAAGGGCGAUCCAGCACUCCUAAGAUUGUGCAUAUCUACAAUGGUUUUAAAAAUCCCUGACACGUGGCAUAUGCCGCCACAAUCUUUCCAAUGAGUGUGUUUUAUUUGUGUUGUAUACGGUGGUCCUACUCACCUCUGUGUAGGAGUGUUAGUGGACAAUGGGUCCCCAACAAUUGGCAAGUCACACCGAGUGGAUUGCGCCGAAUGUCCCUUAUUUCAUGUUGGAAUUCCAGCACGUUCGCUGUCGUUGUUUUGUGCAGAUAACAUGUUGUGAAGGCAGAAAAAAAAACUGGGAAUCUACCUCUGAAGAACGAGGGAGAAUGUUUGCUCGGUACCAAAUGUCUUGUCUUAUUGUAUUGUCCGAGUUGACUCAAUUUCUAAACAUCUGUAUUUAACUCUGAUUAUACUACUUCCUAUUUGAUUCCCUAAGCCACCUAUCCAUCUUUGCAUGUGAAUUUCUCAUCAUUGAUGCUUAUAGGGAUUUUGAUCAAUUAGCUGUUAUGAUCCUAUAAUGGUUUAAAGAAUGUAUCAAUAAAUCUGCCAAAUGGGAAUAAAUUCUGACAUCAUGCUUUUCUUUUUUUUUAAUUAAUAAAGAUGUAUUAUCUGA